CCGGCAGGGGGCGCUGUUGGCGGCCGCCAUGGGCGCCGCCGUGCUGCUGGGCUGCGCCGCGAUCGCGCUCGGGCCCGCGGCCGCGCUCGUGCUGCUGACGGUGGCGGCGGAGCCGCUGCUCGUCAUCGUGCUGCUGGCGGGGGCGUUUUUCUGGCUGCUGUCGCUGCUCGCCGCCUCGCUGCUCUGGUCCGUGUCCGUGCAGCUCAGCGGGCGGGAGGACGCGGCGCUGCUGCCGCUCGGAGCCGCCGCCGCCGUGCUGCUGCAGGAGCUCUGCAGGUUCGGCUGCUUCAAAAUGCUCAAGAAGGCGGAUGAAGGGCUGGCGAUCCUCAGCGAGGAUGGGCGGUCGCCGAUCUCCCUGCGGCAGAUGGCUUACGGUGAGCAGAGCCCGGGGUGCUGCAUCCAGCUCUCCUGCCCUUCCCUGAGCCCGCCGGGGCUGUGGAGACCCCCUGACCCCGGCUCCCCCACAGUGUCCGGGCUCUCCUUCGGCAUCAUCAGUGGCGUCUUCUCCAUCACCAACAUCCUGGCGGACUCUGCGGGGCCGGGCACUGUCGGGAUCCACGGGGACUCCCCGUACUUCUUCAUCACCUCUGCCUUCCUCACCAUGGCCCUGGUACUGCUCCACACUUUUUGGGGCAUCAUCUUCUUCGACGCCUGUGAGCGGCGCCGCGCCGGGGGCCUGGGACUGGUGGUGGGCAGCCACCUGCUCACCUCAGGGCUGACCUUCCUGAACCCGUGGUACGAGGCCAGCCUGGGCCCCAUCUUCAUCCUCACGCUCUGCACUGGCCUCUGGGCCUUCAGCACCGCUGGUGGCUCCUUCUACAACGUCCUCAAGUGCCUCUCCUGUAAGCAGGAGCCUGAGGGCCAGGCCAUGCUCUACUCGGCGCUGCAGGUGCCUCCUGAGGGGUGAGGGAGCCGUGGCCCCACAGCCAGACACUCCUGCCAUUGCCUUCACCCCUCCUGCUCCAGGGGAAUCCGUGUCUGCCCAGUUCCUGGGGGCCUUUGGGGACUGACUGGUGCUCCCAGGGGGUUUUGGGGUCUGACCACCACGCUCUUCCCUUUGUUCCCAGACUCUCUUAACAUCUUUCCCUCAGUUGGAGGCUCUGGGGAAGGCCAGGGAUGCCCUGAGGGAAGUCAGGGCAGGACCCCCCAUUUCCUCGUGUUUGUCACCCUGGGGGGGUCCCUGGUGAUGCUCUGGGGGUGGGGGGCACUGGGACUGGGAUGCUCUGCCCUUCUCACCCCUGUUCAGCUCCCAGGGGAUUGGAGGUGCAGCGGGGGGUAAGUUAUUUUUUUUGAUUAAAAGUAAAACCCUUUUGUAAAA